GGAAAAUUUUAAAAAUAAAAAAAGUUGGCAACGCUGCAACUCGAACUACCUUCUGAAUUUCUUCUGAUAGAUUUAUCUUUUCUCUCCCUUUCUCUAUGCGCGCUCUCUCUGUCUGUCUGUGUAUGUGUGUAUCCGUGGAUUGAAAUCGAAAUGUCAUGGUUGGCAAGGUCUUUGGUGAACUCGCUGAAAGUCGACGAGGACGACGAUGAAGAUAAGGCAAAGGUUACCAACAAUGAUAGAAAAAAGGGACAAUCACCGAAAGUCGUGGAGCAACUGCAACACCACCAGAUCGAGUCAUCGGAGAAUCAGGGAAGAGGCGUCAAAGAAGAUCUCACCGAGAUUACCAAAACCCUAACUCGUCAGCUAUGGGGCGUCGCCUCGUUUCUUGCUCCUUCUUCCUCUUCUUCCCAAUCCUCAGCCCCUAGCCCUCCUCCUCCGCCUCCCCUUCCCAGACGAAUCUCUUCCACUGAUCCCUUUAUCUCCGAUUGGAAUCGUUCGGAAUCAUCGGAUCGAUCCCUCAACUGUGAUGACUCUGAUCCAGCGCGAAUUGCAGGAAUUCGUAGCGAUUUUGCUGAGAUUGGAGGGAAAGUUAAGUCCGGGUUCUCCAAGCUAUCCAAUACAAGAGCAGUUUCCGAGAUUUCAAAGAUCGCUUCUACCUUUCUUCCACCUUUUGGAACUGAUGGAGAAUCUAUGGAGAAGAAUUCUAUAGGAGGCGCGGUUGGUAUAACUGACGAGGUACUCGCAUUCGCAAAGAAUAUCGCAAUGCAUCCGGAGACGUGGUUGGAUUUCCCUCUGGUCGACGAAGAAGAUUUGGACGAUUUUGACAUGUCUGAUGCGCAACUAGAGCAUGCUUUGGCUAUUGAAAGACUUGCUCCAAGGCUAGCAGCUCUCAGGAUUGAGCUUUGCCCAGGCCAUAUGAGUGAGGGAUGUUUUUGGAUGAUUUAUUUUGUUCUUCUCCAUUCCAGGCUCAACAAACAUGAUGCCGAGCUUUUGUCCACACCUCAGAUUGUGGAGGCCAGAAGUAUGUGGAUGCAGGAAUUACAGAGCAGAACAAGGUCAGAACCAGAAUGGUCAGGAUGGGGCAUAUCAUAUAAAAGAGAGGUCAUUAAUUCACCACAUGAAUGUGGUUCAUCUGCAUCAUAUAAUAAUACUCUUUAUGCUUCAACUGAUUUCGAGACUGAAAAGCAUCCAGUUGUAAGUGCUGCUGAGAUGCAGAUAAUUGAUAAAUCUGUUGUUGAUGAAAGGCCAGCAACCAAGACUAUAUGGAUUGGUCCAUCUUCGAAAGCCUUGGAUCAGAAAUCUGAAGAGGAUGGAGAUGACUGGUUAGCGAACUCAGAAAUAGGUAGCUUUAAUGCUACCUUCAUUCCACUAGGAAACGAAGAGGAUGUAUCAUUUAGUGAUCUUGAGGAAGAUGAUGAUGGAAUUUUUCCUGUAAAAUCCAAAACAGUUGCAUAUGCUUCAGAUUCAUCAACAAAAGAUUCCACAGGCUGGGUCCAGCUGGGCAGAAGCUCAACCGAAUCAGCUCAGGAUUGUCGAUCCCUUGAUAAAGAGAGCAUAGGACUUCAGCAAGUGCGUGGUAAUAAUCCAGAGAGCAAGGAUUCUAGUGACUGGCUGAGUGUUGAUAAAAUCGAUGUAGUAUGAAUGUAUAUCUUCCUGAUGCUCUAGUAAAUGUGACGCGUGCCAUCUCCACGUCCAUGCUCCAAAUGGUUCCUCCUCCAAAAUCCAAAUUAAGGUGUUUCAACUGGCGUUUGUACAUAUCGUCUCCCUUAAAUUGGUUUUGUUUUGAAUAUGGCAUGUCCAUGAGUCCAUCUUCCUCGUGUUGAGAGAGGGAGAGAGAGAGAUAUGACUUUUUAAGCAAGCUAUGAUCAUGACAACCAAGGCAACUCGAUCCUGGUA